AAUAGCUCUCAUGCGUCUUCGACAUUGCCCAAUCAGAGCGAGCGAUAGUAGCAUACGUCAUCAAAAUACUCCUUCAGCUGUUCGAACACUCAAGUGUCACCACGAGAGCUGCUACAUGGGACAGAAACUCAUUCAUUAAACUCACCAAACGAAGAUGGCUCUGAUGGGGGUUCAGUUGGUGGUGAGCUUGCUGGCGGUCAGCAUAAUGCAAAGAAUGGCCCCACAUCUCUCCUUCGCGCGUUGGCUUUUGUGUAACGGCAGCCUUUUCAGGUUCAAACAUCCAUCUGAAGGCGAGUUGUGCGCCCUCGCAGGGAAGCAGAUUCCUAAGAACAGCAGGCGAGACAGGAGACAAAACGGACACGGAGAACCCAAGCCGCUCACGGUUCCGAAAGACAUCGAUCUUCGCUUGGAGAGCGCUCCUGUAAAUGUCUUGGAUGCACUUGUUUUGCGGUUCUUUGUGGAGUACCAGUGGCUGAUUGACUUCGCCGUCUAUGCCACAGGGAUCUACCUCUUCACCGAAGGCUACUAUAGUGUAGUGGAUGCCAGCAAGGAAGUCAAUAUCGCUUCCAUCUGGUGUGUGCUGACAGUUUUCUUCUGCCUGAGGACGCUGCAUCUUCUUAUGAGCCACUACUUCCGCUCUGAGGAGGGCGGUGAGCGCUCUGUGUGUCUUGCUUUCGGCUUCUUAUCUCUGUUGAUUGCGAUGCUGGUUCUUGUAGUAAGAGAGGACUACCUGGAGUUUGGCCUUGAGCCCGGAUUUACCAGUCUUUUUGACAAUUUCGAGGUCUUUGCCAAACAGCAAGGUUAUGAGUGGUCAGUUCCCUUCACCAAACUAUCAGUGAAGUUGGGGCUGGCUGUCAUUUGUGCCUUUAUUGGAGCUCUCCUUGCAUUCCCUGGACUGCGAUUGGCCCAAACUCACCUAGAUGCCGUUCAGAUGAAUGCAGACCGUCCAAUCAUUCAGAUCCUUUUGCACAUGAGUUUUCUAUCGCCACUGGUCAUUAUUGUAAUGUGGAUUAAACCCAUUGCUCGAGACUUCCUAGAGAAUGCCCCAAUGGGAAAGACCUCAGUUACUUUACUUUCAAGUUCUGCCUUUAACUCGGUACGUCUAUGGAUUAUCGUGGUGCUGUGUGUUUUGCGGCUGCUGCUCACACGCUACCACCUGCAGGCCUACCUCAACCUCGCUCAGAAGUGGGUGGAGCAAAUGAAGAAAGAGGCGGGGCGUAUCGCUGCCAUUGACAUCCAGAGAAAGGUUACUCGAAUUUUCUGCUACCUGACUGUGGUCACCCUCCAGUACGUUUUACCCAUUCUGCUUGUGCUUUUCUCAACUUUGGCACUCAAAUCUUUAGGUGACUUCUCAUGGGGCCUUGGAGCAGAGACUCCGGGUAUAACCCCUGCUCCCAUACUCCCCACCGCCCCUCCACCAGCCCCAAGACUGGAAGAUGACGAGGACAUGGAAGACAUGGAGGAGGAUGUCCAGGCCACCGUAGCCCACCUGACUGAGCUGUUCAAUGCCUUGCGUGGAGUCCUCACGCCCCUUUUCUUCAGGGGCGUCUUUGCCUUUCUCACAUGGUGGGUCGCGGCCUGUCAACUCAUUAGCAGCCUGUUUGGCAUCUAUUUCCACCAGUAUCUGAUGCACAACUGAAAAGUGCCCUGAAAUGAAGCUCUGUGCACUGAAUCCAAUUCUUCAAGGUACCGCAGCCUCAACACAGACAGUCAUGCAAACACAUCUGAUGCACCAGCAAGAUGAAGGCUGGCCUUUGGAACAAACGCUCAUGUUUGAACCGACUUAAUUUUGCCGGUACCUUGUGUAAAAUUUUGAUAGGUACAAUCAAAGCAAAGAUGCUAGUUAACUGUAAGCUGUUUAGAUUUUCAUCAUCAUUUUCAUCAGCUCUUCAACAAACCAUGUUUGUUUGUAAACUUUUUACCCUUAGAAGGCUUCAAUCAAAUCACAUGCGUCCCCUGUUGUGGUGAUCAUUUAAUUGAGAUGCAAUUCUAAGGGCCUGGCAGCUCAGGGAUGUGGUCCGAAAUAGAGUUUCUCACCAGCACAUUAUCGUCAAGUGCAAAUGAAACCCUGUAAAACAGUUUAGCGCUGUAGUUAAUGGACUUGAUUGUUCAAAAAUGAAAUAUGAUUUAAUUUUAUGCCUUGAUGAAUUUUUUAACAGAAUGUUAUGGUGUAUUUUAAGUACCGUGUUUGCUAAAUGGCUGAUGACAUGUAACAUAUAGCAGUCCUAAUCAUUUUGCCCAUAUGUUUCAUGAAUAAUCAUCUAUGGGUUUUUAAUUUGUUUGGCUGUUAUUCUGUUGACUUGGUUAGCUACCAGUGAUCUUCACUCAUAGGAUCAGAGGAAGUCAUCAGGGAGUCAUAUCAUUUUAGAAACAAUUUAUUUAUUCAUUUUCUAAUGUCAAUCAACUUUCAUUUGAUUCAGAACAAUAAACGAUAAUUAAAAAAAUUAAAA